UUUGUUUAAAAUAUGGAAAUAAUCGAGUCCUAUUCAAACGUAAUGAAACUAGUUUUUCUUAGUGUUUUCAAACUUUAGUUAAGUUGAUAACAACUCUGGAUAAUCAGUGGGUAGUUGCAUAUUUUUAACUUCAAAGCUUGGCGAGAAAGUUGCAGCUGGUUGGAUUCCAUCACACUGUGACCGCAUUGCAGAAUGUGUUCUUGACAAUGGCGACAUGUGAAUGUUUGUACCAUACUACAAUGAAUACAAGUCUACAAUGGCUCUGUGGAGUAAACAGUUGUCCAUAAGGAAUUUCUUGUCGACCAAAAACUAUCAAGGAACAUUCGAGAGGUUUAUUUGCCGAUGUGGAGGAAUUUUUGUUAAUUUGAUUCAAUCGUGACAGCAAGCUUUCCGCUUUUGCAUGGGUUUCUUUGAAGGCAUUUCACUACAAAACAAUAUCGCGUUGUAUAUAUUGCAGUGAAGUUAUUUCGGCUUGUCUAAGAUGUUUAUAUGAUGUUCAGUGAACUGACAGAAUAGCAUUUCGCAUAGUGAUGGACCUCUCUUUGAAAACACCACAUGCUAUUAAAUUGCAAAAGUUCCAGAACUUUUAAAAUAUAAAAUGGAUCGAUCUGCAAAGCUGGAGAACAAAGAGGAGGAGCUAGCAGUUCCUGAUGCUGGAAAUGCUGGGACUGUAGAAUGCUUUGAAAGAGGCAGAGUGGAAUCACAGGGCGAGGAGACAGAAAGCGAAGUAACAUACAGCAUCAGUGAAAGAAGCAAUUAUUUGCAAAUCCCGUAUGGCUUCCAGAGUAGAGGGUCAUACAAACAUGCCUCAAAAAACUGUGAGAUUGUCGGAGUGACACACAAUUCACGAUUCAGGCAGUUUGUAUUCCUUGACUCGAGAGGAAUCACAAGUUGGUCUUAUGAAAGUGUCUAUAAUACAGUCACAAGACAUUUGAACUACCCCUCCUACCAGUUUAAUGUUCUUAGGCUCAUUAUAUUUUCAAGGAAGUUCAAUGUUUAUUUUGCAUUAUCCAAAGAGUAUGCAUUAAAGGUUUUUAAUCUAAACUUCCAUGAAGUAUUUUCAGUGGCAGCUGAGAUGCAUUCAGUUCUGUGUAUGGUCUUCAAUCAUGUUAAAGAUGAACUUAUCACUGGUGGGACAGGAGGCAUGAAGUUCUGGACAUUUGGUGAACUAGAUAAAAACAGACAGAAAGCCUUGGAUAGAGAUUCAAGACCCAUGGCCAACUAUGGUUUAGUUUUGAGGGCAUCUUAUCCUGACAUGGGGGGAAGCUGGGUAAAACAAGUAGAGCUGGAUGAAGCCAUGCAGCGUCUCUAUUGUCUGUCUGAACGGAAUGUAGUGGCUUACGACAUGGAAGGAAAUCUUCUAUUUCAGAUACUGGACGCUCACAGAGGUCCAGUGACUGGAUGUGUUUAUUCAAAAGCUUGUAACUUCCUGGUGACCGUAGGAACUGAUUGUGAUGUAAAUGUUUGGAGCAGAGCAAAGAGUGGAGGAAAAGUACACACUUUCUCAGGCCAUUCUAAGGCCAUAACAAAGAUAUUGCUUCACCCUGAGAAUUCGGCGCUGGUGAUAACUGCUGCCAUGGAUGGUAUCAUAAAAGUAAACUCUCUUGACUUUAUGGAGGAGAUAUACAGCAUUCCUGUAUUUUCUGAGGGAAUUUACUGGAUGAACAUCGUCUCUUCAAAGCUUCUUUACUGCUGUUCUAAUCGCUUCAUCGAAGUAUUCUCACUCAACCAUCUAUGUGAUUUCUGGGCCUCAUCACGCUGCUCAGUGACGUCACUCAGUCUGGUCACGUGUAAGGGAAAGUCAACACGUGUUAUGGCUGUUGGAAAUGACAGCAGUGUUCGUUUGAUUUCUCGGAAGCGUCAGAACCUCUCCACAGUCCUCCCGCCGCCAUCCAUUUCUCCUCUAAACAUGCUAAAAGAUGUGGCAUACAACAGGGAGUUUAACAUGAUGUACUUGUUAAUUGAUGAGCAAGAGAUCUGGGUCUACUAUACCAGGACGAAUCCAGCGACACGAGUGGAGUCUUGGAAACUGGACUUUAUUGAAGACAUCCAUAAUCAACAUUCCCAAGAUGCUUUGCAGAGGUCCAGAGCCAACAGUCCAUGGCCUAAUGAAGGAAACAGAUCCCCCAGUCCUGAAUCUCCCCCGCCUGGUAGGAGUUCUUUUCCACCGUUAGAGGUCAGCGGAAGGGAAUCAAUGUUAUCCACUCGUAAGGAGAAAGUCCAGAUCACGUGUCUUGGAAUAUUGUAUUCUCCGAUAAUAAUGACGUCACUGGAGGGAAAUGCAUGUCCUGAUACAACGCAUUUCCUUAUGGCGGGAACUCAGGAUGGGCGUGUCCUCUUUCUUCACAUGUUUUGGCAAGGACUAAAAUAUCAUCAACUUCAAGCCAAUAAGGAUGCUGUUCUUCAGGUUUACCAUGACCAGGACAACAACACUCUGGUUACAAAGUGUCGGUAUCCUAAGAUUGUUAUCCAUAUUUGGUCUUUGCCGCUCCUACAGUUGAUGAAGAGGAUUGAUUGUGACGCUGACAUGACAUGCUUUACACGCAUGAACAAUAUUUUGUUGUGUGGACAUCAAAGUGGAUACUUGCAUCUUCAUUCGCUGUCUGUGGAUAACAAUGAAUUUCGCGAAGAUCAAGAAGAGAGAGCGAAGGGAACCAGGCGUUCACCUCCCAAGGAUCAUAAGAGUUGUAUUAACAGUGUGGACUCGAACUCGAACCUGGAGAUAUUUUGUAGUGUCAGUGGAGAUGGCAUCAUCAAGAUUUGGGACAAAAAUAAAACCCUUCUACGAGAAAUCAUUAUGAACGAAACAUUAACAGUGGCCUCUUUCCUAAAUACACAAGGAGAUAUCCUUAUCGGUUUCAAACAGCACAUCUUCAUAAUUCCAAAUGAAAAAGUGUACCCUGUGAAGGAUGGCUUAUUACCUGGCAGCAGAUCUGAAUCGAUCGACGAUGAGGCGUUUGAAACAGAAUCAGACAUCUACGAGGACCCAUCAGUAAGAUUUGAAAGCAAAAAGAUUCUGCAACCAGAUCCUACUAACAUGGAGAACUACUUGGUACCAUUUCCAAACUUACAGUUGAAGACGUCUUGGUUUAUGGAAGGUCGACCUCCCCCAGACCUUGAACCGCAAAACCAACAGGAGGACGAAGAGUCCAUUAGCUUAAUGUCAGACAGCCUCUCGCUCGCUCCGACUGAAGUCUACGGUUCCCCAUCCUCCACCCCUCGGCGAAUAUCUUUGGCAAGCUCUGUAGCGAUGUCUGAACGUAGAACCAGUACAGAAUUAUGGGAUCUUCCUGAAUUUGGAAACUCGCCAGUGAGUUCGCCACCCAGAACUCCUCCACCAGAACCAACACCUCCUCCCACCCCUCCCCCAGAGGUGGAGUCUGACGAGGACUCGAGUGGAGGUGAAGAAAAGAAAGAGCCUCAAAAAUCCGACGAAGAACCUUGUGAACGAUGCGAAGAUGUGAAUAAAGAAGGAAAGAAGAAGGUUCCCGUCAUUUCCAGCUUCCGACGAGAGAAAGGGAGGAUGGGAAACAUAACCAUUGACUCUAAAUCCUUGCGCUCUGGCUUUGGAGGUCCCGGAUAUGCCGCCCCAGUCGCCCGAAAAUUGAUUGAACAGAGGCCUGAGCCCAAGUCUUUUAAGCCUCGACGUAUCCCAAGGCCCAUUGCAAAGAAAGCAAAGAAGCCUAAAGAUAAGGGAGAGGAAGAGGCUACGAAAGAAAUACAAGAGAAAGAGACAGAAAAGAUUGUAAAUGAGUCUGGUGAAGCUGAAGAAGAGAAACAGAGGAGCGAAGAUACAAUAAAAGUUAACGAUGAUGAUGAUGGAGAUGACGAUGAUGUUAUUGUCACGCAUCGGAUGCCCAGUGUUGUUACCAUGCCAACAGGAGAACACAAACCUUUCAUACGACAAGACACUGUUAGUUCUAGACAGGUUCCAGAUCAGAUGUCUUCACGAUCAGCAAAGAACAAGGAACAGAUGCCCGAAAGAGAGAAAGCUGAAGACGCAAAAGAGCCGCAAAUGACCACAUCAUAUUCGCCUUCUCAAAGAACUGCUGAAGAAAAUACAACGACUGCUCAACUGAGCGACGAGAAUCAGACUGCUGAUAAUAAAGACGAAAAUACACUAAAUGAAGACUACGAAGCCAAGGGUAAAGAGGAAAAUGAAGAGGAAGCUCCAGUGGAGGAUGAUAAGCCGGAAAGACGUGAUUCACCUGAACCAAGUGAUCCUCAAUUAGUGACGUUCAUUGAUCCUGAUACAGGCGAGGUGAUACAAAAACCACUCAAUGAAGUCCCGAUUGAUGCCGAGAUUCUUGAAGACUAUGAUGAUGAUGAUGAAUUAGAGGGGAUGGAUGAACAUACUAGCGCCCAAGCUGAAGAUCCAACGUCGUCUUGUCGUAGUACACGAAGCGAUCGCGUACAGAAAAGUGUGACCUUUAGCGAAGACCACAUCCGAACAUCUCGACGUAAUCGACAGUUCCCCAGUCUAUACACCUCUGGCAGAGAUUCCCCAACACUUAGAUCCCAUAAUGCUGGCUUAGUCUUCAAAGAAACAGUGUUGCCUGUUUAUGGCAACAAAAGGGCUGGUGACCCGUUGAGAAAAUUGUCCAAGAGCUCGUCAGGUGUUUCUCCGCUAACAAUAUUCGCACUUGCGAAGAGUAGGCGGGAACACACACCUACGUCGAGUAACGUUAGAACUCGGUCAGCGGAUGGACGCUACGGACAAAAACACGGUACAACAGAUAAUUCCAGUCUAAGAACUGAUGAGGUGAACCAGGGUGAUUUUGACCUGAAUGAUGAAGAUCUUGCACGGCUUAUCGAUACCAUUAGUCUGCAGACUGGUGCAGGUGGACAUGAAACGCCAGGAUCAUCGAGGCCCCCAAGCGUUAGAAAACAAGGAAGCACUCUUAUGCGCUGGUGCAUACAAGCGCUCCAGAAACCGGACCGGGAGGUCCUUUUCCCACCCAAGCCAACGCGGCCAAGUAGUUCACCAAGUAUUGCUACAUCGAAAGCGACAAAGAAAGCGGAAGAGACCCCUAAAGGUAAUAUACUGUACCUGAACAAAAAUGACUCUGAGAAAAGACCACAAACUGCCGACACUGUUCGCAGUAACGCCACGAGCCAGGAAGAACACUCGAUGUUCCCGUAUGAGAAUACCCCAUCGCGAAGUAAAGGAAAGAAGCAAACUAAGACACGUAAGAGUGCCACACCUGCCAGGAGGAACACGUGGAAGCGCGUGUCUUCUGAUGAAGAUGAGGAUUUCUUAGAUGCCUACCAAGCCAUGCGCUCCAGUAUAGGCAUACACGAUGCGGAUAAGGAUUACAUGAAGGAUCUACUCUCCGGAGAAUCAUUCGAAAGGGAGAGACUCUCAAAUUCGCGCGACAUCCCAAGUUUAGAUACAACCGACUACGGUGGAAAUUGGCAAAAUAAGGUUUUAGAAAGGGCUUAUCGACUGAAGCAACAGCGUUUGGAAAGACAGAAAAGUGCCAAUGAAAGGAGACAAGCUCUCGAUAACAAACAGAAGGAAAGAUGGAAAAACUCGAGUCACUUAGAGUGCGGCCAAGAACAACCGCCUAAGUCUGGCCCAGUGUUGGAGUUCAUCACCCCACCCCUCCUAGAUGAUCGGGAUACGUCGCCCUCGCCCUCUCUCAGUCAAACUGAAAUCUGGAAACUGAAGGAACAAGAGCUGUCAAACGAACGUCCUUUCCGCCUGAGGCUUAAUUCCCAGCCUGAAGGUGUGCAGCUUACCCCAUUGGCUAAACGUUUAAUGGACCUGAAGACGUGUGACCAUGACGUGUCGGAUGUUGCAAAUGUCCUACCUAAGCCCCCUCCGUCAGCCUCAAUCCCAAGCAAAUGCAGUCGCUAUGUUCUCGUGGCACAACCGGAAAUCAAACAACCUCGUGCCCAGGCCACAGCAGUUGAAGAAACUCUUCUGAUGUUGCGUUUUCCAAAGUCACGUGUAAGAAGACGUCAUAAUAGCGCCACUAUUCCCGGGCUUCACGCCAAUCGGAACGUUCGUGCAAGGACUAUCUUCGAAAUGUGACGUAAAUUAUCCGAACUGAACAGAAUUGUUUCGAAUGGGAGAUGUUGUUCGUCUGUAUCUCUAGAAUAUUUGAUAAUUUUUCAAGAUGACAAUAGUUUUCUAUGUUAUUGUAAAUGGAAGGGAAUCUUCUGCAAUAGUUGCUAAAUAAAUUUGGAAGUUCA